AUGCGUCGAGUGACAAGACUUCCUCCCGGUCCUCGUCCGGAUAUCAGCUCUCGUUGCGAGUUCUUUCUAACGGGGACAUUUUCUCCCUCUCCGCCGCAGGCUGCAGCGCGCGGUGCGCACGGCGCGGAUUCCGGAAGCGAAGGCGCAACCGAGAGCUGCCUUCCCGCCUCCUCCGGAGCCUUUCCCUUCUCCCCUCCCGCGGGGAUCUCCCCCUUUUCCGCUUCCACCUCCCCCUUUUCCGCCCCCGAUUCCCGCUCCUUCCCCCUUGACCCCACUCUUGCCAUGCCGCCGCCCUUCUUUCCGCCGUCGUACCCGUCUCCGUUCUUCGCGCCGCACUUGCCGCCGCAUUUGCCGCCGCAUAUGCCGGCUUGCCCAAAGCAACUGGCUAAGUGGCAGAAGCAGGCUUCCGUUCCCGUCCCCGUGUCUUCCGCCGCAAUUCGCGCCGCCCAUCGCGGCGACAAGCUCCAACCGCCGCCUGCCACGAUGCCGAUGGGAAUGCUCGGGGGUCCCUGCGCCCCGUAUCCCAUGCCCGUGAGUUACGGCGGACCUUACGGCGGGUUUUACGGGCCGGCAGAUAUGGCAGCUGCGGGAAGGAGUCCCGCUCAAGCUGGUCCCGCUACUGCUGCGGCGGCGACGGCGGCGGCGGCGGGGCCAGCGGCGAGAGCAGCAGCGCGGAACGGCUUUCCCGCUCGACCCAAUCUGCCCUCCGCCCCCUGCGCCCCCUCCGCCCCGUCCGCCCUGUCCGCCCCUUCCGCUUCCGCCCGUCCUUCCCCUCAGCCUGCUCCCGCCGCUCCUUCCGCUUCCAGCCCUCCCUCUCGUCGCUCCGCCAUUUCUCCUCCUUCCGCUUCCUCCCCUCCUUCCGCUUCUUCCGCCCGUUCUGCCCUGUCCGCGCCCUCCGCCCCCCCUCCAUCCGCCGCUCCCGCACACCCUCCUCCCCGCGUGUCUUCCGCGGGUCCCCCUACAUCCUUCCCCCGCUCCCCCGCUGGUGUUUCCGCUGGCGCAGCUCCUGCGGGCGCAGUUUCCCCCGCUGACGUGCAGGGCGCGCGGAACUACCCGCCCAUGUGCUGGCGGGUCGCGCCGCCUUCAGCCGCCGCGUCUAUGCCGAUGGGUUACUUGACGGCCAUGCCCGGAAUGGCCGGCAGUUCUGCCGGCCAGAACGUGCCGACGCAGUAUGGAACCCUGUACGCGGAGCAGGGGGGGGCAGAGAUGGCGGGGAUGGGGAGCCUACCGCAAGGGAUGGGGGUAGUCGGGGGAAUGGCGGGGAUGGGGGCGAUGACGGGAAUGGGGGGCAUGGGGGGAAUGGCGGGGAUGGGGGGAAUGGGCGGCAUGGUGGGGAUGGGGGGAGUUGAGAUGGGGAGCAUGGGGGGUUUGCAAGGGUUUCAUAUGGGUAUGCAGAGCAUGCAAGCAAUGCACGCCAUGCAAGGCAUGCAUGGCAUGCAGGGGCUGCAGGGAAUGCAGGUGAAGGAGAAGCAGCACGGAAAGCUGAAGCGGGGCGAGGGCAAGGACAAGGCGGCCCACCGCUACCGCGGCGUGAGGCAGCGGCCCUGGGGCAAGUGGGCGGCUGAGAUCAGGGAUCCAGCAAGGGGAGUGCGGUUGUGGCUGGGGACAUACGAUACAGCAGAGGACGCUGCUAGAGCCUAUGACGCCGCCGCCCGAACCAUACGGGGCGCCGAUGCUCAGACAAACUUCGCCGACCCAAACCCCCCUGCUGCUGCUGCUGCUGCUGCUGCGAGUGAUGGUGCUGGUGCUGCUAGUGAUGGUGGGACUACUGCUGCUGGUGCUGCUGGUGCUGCUGCUGGUGCUGGUGAUGGUAGUGGUGCCAUUCCUGCCUCUGGCGUCAUCCCAUGUUCAGGUCUCAUUCCCACCAUCCCAAACACAGCAUACACUGUCAAAAACCCUGCUGCUGCUGCUGCUGCUGUCAGUCCAGGUUCACGGCUCCUUCAGGAGUCGGAGAAGGCUGAAAAGGCAGCGAGAAUGGAGGGCAAUGGUAACGUUGAUGUGCUUAUUGAUCUGCCGGCUCAAUUCACUGACAUAUCCGCGUGCCUGCUGUUUCCAAGCUCCGGCGCUGACGCUGCUGCUUCAGGUGCUGCUGAUCCAGGGUCUGCCACCAUUGUUGGUGUUCCAGCAGUGUAUGGCGAUGCUUCAGGUGUUUAUGGCACAGGUGUACGUGAGCAAGGUGCAUCAGCCAUGCUGACGAAGCUGGAGCAAUGUCAAGAUGAUCCUGAGGCCCCAUGUCAAGAUGUUGAUGCUGGCAUGUGGGCCCUAGACAUGCCUCUAUAUAUAGAGGCAGGCGACGAUGGCAUGGAUAGUAUUCUAUGGUGA